CCAAGUGUGUUCCGCCUUCAAUUCCUCAAACGGAAAACAAAUAUCCGCGCCGAUAUCGUAAUUUCCCAAAAACCAAGAAAGCAAAAUCGAAAACUCUAAUUCAGAGUAUCCCCAAAAUUCUCUUCUGCGAGGAACACAAAUUUAGGGUUCGCAAAGAUUCAAUUUGCUUCUAUCUAUCCAAAUCCAAACAGUGAAAGUUCGUAGCUUUGAAUUGGAUUUCAACAACGUUCCCUUCUCAUUCCGCUUCGCCUGAUUUCCAUUCCUCAAUUUCAACCCCUUCCCCUAAGGAGAGGGUGCAGAGUUUGGUACAUUCUGUUUGGAAACAGCUAUUGUUUUUAUUUUUUGACUUAGAUUUCCCUCACUCCUUUUUGUUCUUUAGUCCUUUUAAUACCUAAUUCACAACUUAAUUUGUAUCUCUGUUUGCAUUUGACUGAAAAAGUUUUCAUUUUUGCAUUUUGAUGCUUGUGCAAUUCUACAUUUUUAUUGGACCUUAUGUUAUUCAAGAGCCUGUGCUCACUAACAUGCUUCUUGAACUCCCUUUUGACCAUCUUCGUUGUUUCAAUUCGUUUCAUUUUGAUUUUUUUUAUUGGACUUGCCUUUCAAUGCUCUGCUAUUUUGUUAUCAUUUGACCCUUUUGUAAGUAGCCCUCUCUAUAAGUCUUAUUUCGUUGCAUAGUUCCACUGAGAUUCAUUCAAUGCAACGACUCCAAUUUUGGCCUUUCUUUUUGUUUCUUCCCAUGAAUUCUUCUGGCCGCUGUGCCUUCUUCAUAGUUGCCUCACAAGCUUGUUUAAUUAGUUUCGUAAGAUGCCAACGGAAAAGCCAAGUUCUUCAGCGGUUAUUGGUAAGCAAUCUGAGCCUGAAAAGCCGGUUGAAUCUGAUGAGAAGGUCAACCUUGAAGAAGAACCUGAGGAAGAAAUGGAAGAAGAGAUUGAAUAUGAAGAAGUAGAAGAAGAGGAGGAAGUGGAAGAAAUAGAAGAGGAGGUAGAAGAAGAAGAGGAGGACCCAGAGAUGGUAGAGGAAGAGGAAGAAGAGGAAGAGGAAGAGGAGGAGGAGGAGGAGGAAGUGGAAGAAGACACUGUGCCCAACCAGGACAUUGACGAUGAUGAGAAGAAGAAACAUGCUGAACUUCUUUCUCUUCCUCCUCACAAGUCUGAAGUUUACAUAGGUGGCAUUCCUCUUGAUGCCUUAAUGGAGGAUUUGAAAGAUUUUUGUGAGCGUAUUGGGGAAGUUGUACAGGUUCGAAUAAUGAAAGGAAAAGAUUCUUCGGAGAAUAAGGGUUUCGCUUUUGUGCUUUUUAAAAAUGAAGAACUGGCUUCUAGAGCCAUUGAGGAGCUGAAUAAUACUGAAUUUAAGGGUAAAAAAAUAAGAUGUUCUACAUCUCAAGCAAAAAAUCGUCUAUUUAUCGGUAAUAUUCCUAGAAGCUGGGGCGAUAAAGAGCUAAAGAAGGUUGUGAGUGAGAUUGGACCUGGUGUUACCGCUGUUGAACUAGUCAAGGAUAUGAAGAACAUUAUCAAUAACCGCGGUUUUGCUUUUAUUGACUAUUAUAAUAAUGCAUGUGCUGAAUAUUCAAAGCAAAAGAUGAUGAACCCAACAUUUAAGCUUGGUGACAACUCCCCAACAGUGAGCUGGGCUGACCCUAAAAAUGCUGAUUCCUCUGCUUCAUCUCAGGUGAAGGCAGUAUAUGUGAAGAACCUUCCUAAGAAUGUAACUCAAGAGCAGUUGAAGAAGCUUUUUGAACACCAUGGAAAGAUCACAAAGGUGGUUCUUCCACCACCAAAGUCUGGUCAGGAAAAGAACAGAAUUGGCUUUGUUCAUUUUGCAGAGCGAUCAAAUGCUAUGAAAGCACUAAAGAAUACUGAAAGAUAUGAAUUAGAAGGUCGAAGUUUAGAGUGUUCUCUAGCAAAGCCACAGGCUGACCAGAAGGCUGUUGUAUCAAAUAUACAGAAUCAAGGACUGCUUCCUAAUUAUCCGCCACAUCUUGGUUAUGGUUUGAUUGGUAAUCCGUAUGGUGCACUUGGUGCUGGAUAUGGUGCUCCUGGUCUUGCACAGCCUUUGAUGUAUGGACCGGGUCAAACUCCCGCUGGAAUGGCCAUGAUGCCGAUGCUUCUGGCUGAUGGACGCAUUGGAUAUGUCUUGCAACAGCCAGGAUUGCAGCCAGGAAUGCCCCCGCAAACCCCACCUUCACAUCAAAGAGGUGGCAGGAGUAGUGGUGGUGGCGGCAGUAGUGGUGGGAGUGGCAGCAGGAAUACAGGCAGUUCAAGUAAGGGAAGGCACAGCAAUGAUAAUGGUCAUGGGCGAAGAUACCACCCUUAUUAAUCUGUCUUUGACCUUUUUUUAUUUUAUUAUUGUGUAAUACACUAUUGUUUUUCAUUAAAUAUUUAUUUGCAAGUUCAGUCUUGAUUACAUUCAUGAUUUCAGGGAGUUUUAAAUGUUUACUAUCUUGUAAUUCACAUUGAUUCAAUCGCCAUAGGAGACUAAUCUUAUGUAUGCAACCCUGCAUGACUAAAUCAAAUACACAAGCUUUCGAGAAUAAA